GCAAGCCUUAAGCCUUAUUAGCAGCAACACAUUUCAUUUUCGUUCAAACACCGAGUCAUGUCUCUGCGCCGAGCUACGUUUCUCUCCUCCCAUUUUCGUCGCCGCAUCCAUGGUUCUUCUUCCUCUUCUACUGAGAAGCCCGCUUCUCCCAAGCGUCCACUGUGGAAGGAAUUAUUAUUUUCAAUCUUACCUAGCUCGGCCUUGUAUCUGGCCAAAGAUUACUAUGAUGAUUUGUCUGCAGACGAAUUGGAAGCUAUGACUCAGAAAUUUAGAGAUUCUGUCAAGUACAUACCAUACCGGAUGAAGGAGCUACCUGUGCAGAGGUGAGUGAGUAAAUUUGUAGGUUUUUGUUGAAAAUGAAAUGACUCAUUGAUUGUGGUCCUCCGCAGAGAUUUAAAUGGAUUGUCUACUCAACUACAAUGGCGGUUCCUGCCAAAGUUUUGGAAGUGUGCAUCAAUGUGAAGAGAAUUGAUGAAAGUAAUCAAACAAAAAUUUGGGAUUUCAUUCUAACAAAGCCGAUUCCCGAAUCACCACCUCUACCCUUUCAAUUGGCAUUAGUUCCGGUUUCAAGACUUGCUGACUACAUUCAGUCAGCAAAACGUCGCGACGAAUUCUUCACAAGACCCGGGAUUGACGAUCUCUUGUUGUGCUUCUCAACCUUCUACGAAAGCAUGGAUGAAGUUGAUUCGAUGAGGUAUCUUGAUGAAAAUAUCAAAUGUCUGUGGUCAAAUCUGAAAAAGGCCAAAAAGCCUUUUUUUUUGUUAUGUGGACCUGAGGUGCAGAAUUGCCUACACGGUGAAAGUUAUCUUUUAAUCAAGAAAAGGAACCUAGAAGAUAAUGAGGAAAAUGCACUCACUUUUACUUCGAUGGACGUUCUUGCAUAUGUUGCGAUCACGUGUCCAGGCUCUGUAAGACUAGUGCUGCGCUCCUACAACGGGGUACUUAUCCCUAGCUUUUCCCCUGUUUUCUCUCUCCACAACUAAAUGAGAGAAAUUGAUGUUCUGUCAGAUGCUUCUUCAACCUUGUAUAAAAGAAGGCUUGAACAGGUCACCUGCUCGUGAUUCAAGUUUCCAACAAUCAGAAGACUUGCAGAGAGGAAAUAUUUCCUGUUCUCUAAUAGAAGCUUUAGUUUUCUUUUGCCCUCUUUUAUUGAUAUUGUUUUCCUUAAAAUUCCAUGCACAUGGAGUUGAGUAGAACACUAGUAAUGUAAGGAUCAUUUGAACAUGAGGCUAGAUUUUAAAAGGUAAACUACUUUGCCACUCAGAUGCUUGAGUAUCAUUGCAAUUGUACAUGCAUUAGAGAGAAAUAUUGAACU